GCUUCCUUCUCUAUGUCAACAAAAGCACGUGCAGAAAAUUAGACAGUAGUUAUACAACAGGAGAGUUCGGAGAAACAGGGAUACCAAAAGGAUGAUAGUCACAGUUUCCAUUUGAUUUUAGCUAUUGGUUUCCUACUAAAAGAUUACGACUGUCAAACAUACAGAAAACAGAUGUACUGGCGCAGACUCUAGUAUAAAUGCUCCUGCAUGAGCCAUGAGAUGCUGGUCCGUGGCUUUGAGCGAAAACUACAAAAGUACAGUAGUUGAAUGUUCGGUGCAAUACGGUUUAAUUUCUGAAAACUACUAGCAUCCCGUCCCUUCACUCCAUAUUCCACAGUGGCAAAUGAUUGCCAUUUUAGGUUCCGCUUUCUUUUGAGCACUUAGCAUCCUGAGACUUUUCUACUUGUUUUAUGUUCUGAAGUUCAGCAAAUCAUGCUAAAUGAUGAAGAAGCAAGAGAAUUACUUGGUUUCCUUACCCUUGAAACCAGGCCUGAUUUGAAGGCACAGGCUACAGAGUACCUUCUGGGCUUGACUGGCACUGUGGAGGGCCGUAGAUAUCUCCUAGGUCGACCAGACUUUCUCCAGGCAUUUGUAACUCUUACCAGUGAUAGAUCUAUUGCUAUUGUCAAGGACUGCUACCAUGCAAUCGUUAACCUUUCAGCAGAUGCCUUUUUGCAUGAGACGCUGGUAGAAGGGGUUUGCCUGCUUCCACUGUUGCUGAAACGUCUCUUGGACCCAGACUGUGAUUUUGCUGAUCAGAUUUGCAGCAUCCUGUCCAACUUGACCCGUGAGGAGAAGAGCUGCAAAAAAGUGCUGCAGGCCAUCCAAAAGGAAGAGGAUGGAGGUUUGGCCAGACUUGUAGAGGCAUUCUACACAGAGGGCUACAAUAAAAAAGCCACACUGCAUUACCUGGGACCCCUCCUCUCCAACCUUACACAGCUUCCAGAGGCCAGACAGUUCCUAUUGGACAAAGACAGAUGUGUGGUUCAAAGGCUGUUGCCCUAUACUCAGUAUGAAGGUUCAAUCAUCCGAAGGGGUGGUGUUGUAGGCACUAUCAAAAACUGCUGCUUUGAUUAUGCAUACCAUGAGUGGCUGCUAGGCGAUUCUGUAGAUGUGCUGCCUUUUUUAUUGCUACCCUUGGCUGGUCCAGAAGAGUUUACCGAAGAAGAAAUGGAAGGUCUGCCUGUAGACCUACAGUACUUGCCAGAAGAUAAAAAGCGAGAGCCAGACCCUGAUAUCAGGAAAAUGCUGAUUGAGACCAUUAUGCUGCUGACUACUACAAAGGCUGGGCGUUGCAUUGUAAAAGAUAAGAAGACCUACCUCAUUAUGAGGGAGUUCCAUAAAUGGGAAAAGGAACCCGAUGUCAUCACUGCCUGUGAAAAACUUGUUCAGGUGUUAAUUGGAGAUGAACCAGAACCAGGAAUGGAAAACUUAAUGCAAGUGAAGAUCCCUGAGGAAAUGGAGCAAAAGUUCUUGCAUCUAGAUCUUGCAGAAGAGACAAGAAUAGAGAAAGAACAGAAAGAACUUGAGAAAUCACAACUAAGUGAGAACACGAGCGGAGACUCUGGGGAUGUCAGAGAGGGGCUGAGAAGAUAGGACAUGUAGCACACAGUUUAAUAAAGAGUAAUGUGUGUGGUGUAAAAUUUUUAUCUGUGUCCUUAAAAAGUCUAAAAAAACUGAUGUUGCAGACUUUUCAGUCUUAAGGAACAGCAGUGCAGGUUUUAAAGACUAAUUAACAUGUUGGAAUGAAGUACUACAGUGGAGGAUUCGGAGACAACUGAGCAGUUUGGAAGGAUGCUGUCUUUCACUAAGCAAACUUGUUGCAAGUGUGUAUUGUGAAACAUUGCAGGAUGGAUCUUCAAACCUUUUGUCCUUGUUUUUGAGGCCCAUUCUAGUUUCUGUACUCGUAACAAAACAUCUAUAAAGUUUUUGCCUGUGACAGUCCAACACAACAAUCAUUUACUGUAGAAUUCUAGUUUGUGACAGCUCCUGCAAAGCAUUGCCCCAUUGGCUCCAUUUAAGGAGUUGUAAUCCUUUUAACCUAGCACUUGGACUCAUUAGUUAACAUUUUGUCUUUAGCAUCCAAUUUUGCCAUUGCCUGUUGUCCUUAAAGCUAUGGCUUGCCCUUUUGGCAUUACCCAAUGGCCUAACCUACAGUGGCUUUACUUGCUGACAGCUUUAUGGCUCUCCCUUUUGGACACACAGUUCUGUCUGUGGAAUGUUUAUUUUUCAGAGCUGUUCCUCUAGAAGUCUAUUUGACUAUGAUCCUGACUCACACCUGUAGAAUGUUGCACGAUGUUUUACUGCCCGUAUCUUCUCAAUUGUACUUCUUCAGGAACAUUUCCUUUUUUGUUUGUGCCCCAUGAUAUUGCCACUUUGCUAGCUGAUGUUAACGGACUUAGAGAAACACAAAUGGAAGAACUCAGACCUGGAGUUUUACAGCACCAAAACAACUCUGCUGUACUUCUUCAUAAUGCUGACUUUUUAUAAGGGGAUUGUUCCUUGGUAGACAAGCUUUUAGUGGCACACCUGUUACUUACAUAAUACAGACAUUUUCAUAUUCUCACAGGUUUUC